AUGGGCAAGCAGGUCGAGCAGUUUGCCACUCUGCGAUGCAACAUCUGUGCGCGCAUCGGCAGAGAGAGGCGGCCGACACCAUGCUGUGAGUACUCCAUCGGGAGCUCUCACGCCGUCGUGCAUCCUGAAGCACCCCCAAGACUCAAGGAGGUGACCACGGCGUGCUGCGGCUCCGGCAAGUUCGACGGCAAGUCGGGUUGCACGCCCAACGCCACGCUGUGCGACAGCCGGCACAAGUACCUCUUCUGGGACCUGCUGCACGCCACGUCCAAGCUCGCCGCCGCGGCCAUCUACAACGGCUCGCCGCACUUGGCAGCGCCCAUAAAUUUCAGGCAGCUAGCGGAGGACCAGUGCUAGAUAGA